CCUAGGAUGGCGGACACGGCCCUUUCAGAGCCCUCGUCUGCAAUGGAUACGUCUCCGGAUUCGAUUGUGACCCCUUCGGUGGACCCUUCAUCCUUACGCGCGGCUGCCCUGAUGACUCUCAAGUCGAAACGGAGAAAGCCAGCAGAGGUCGCUGCGCCACCGCCAAGUCUACCUCAAAGACCACAGGCGACAUUUGAUGUGCUCGACUACGGCAGUACCGAAGCUGCUCAGCCGGAGCCACAAACCCGACCUUCCGCGUCGACUUCCGAUCCAGGUUCGCGCGAAGAAGGCGAGAUCAGCGACGAAGAGCCAGCCCCAUCUGCUCCACCCGCCGCCCCGCCCCAACCGCCACGACCAGCGCUUCCUCCCAAACCUGCCCCUCAGGAGAGCCCGGUGGCUUUGAGCAACAAGCCGCAGGAAGCAACUUCGCCGUCUCUGUUGGAUCGGAUAGCCCCACCUCCCCGCAAGCAAUCGAAAAGCUUUUCGAGUCAAGUCUCUCCCGUACAACAGCGACGUCCGAGCGCGGCCAGCCAACCCGUACAUCCUCCUCAUCCGCCUCCCCCUCCAGCACCGGAAAUUCUCAUAGACGCGGAGCACGUUCGCCCUGGCCUGACCAUGACACAAGAACAAUACGAUACAGCGAAGGACAUCAUCCUCGACCUCCUUGGUUGGGGCGUCCACCCCGAUCACCUUUACGCCAUGGGCCUGAGCCGUGAGAUCAUCUACUACGUCUUCAGCGAGCUCAAUCUGCGGUUUCCCGCCAACUUGGACACCACGGGCCUGAUCCCCUACACGCCGAACAUGCAGCGCCCGGAGCCUACGCCCCAGCGCGCCGGGAUGCACCAUAGCCUGCCACCGAAGCCCCCGCCGCUCGUCAUACCGGGUCAACCACUCCAACAGUCGUCUUCCAGGCAGCAGGUGACGAAUGAACCCCCAUCCGCCGCCCUGCUCGACAUGGAGCAGCAGCGCCGCCAGGAACUGUUGGCGAGGAAGCGCAAGGCGGCGGCGUCCAAGCCUCCACGCUCGCAGCGCAGGAACUCGGAUGUCGAGAUGCGCCCUCCGGCGCCUAUCGACGAGGUCGAGGACUUCCUGCAGAGCAUCGCGCCCGGGCCGUCCGCGCAGCUGCCACCCAAGCCUACUUUCGCGGCCUAUCCUCCCGUUUCGGCACCAUCCUCGUCCUUCUUCGACGACGACAUGGAUGUGGAUGAGAUUCCGGGGCUGUCUUCUUCGCGGCCGGAUCCUCCGCCAGCACCGCGACCUGUGCCUCCACCUGCUGCGCGACCUGCUCCUGCGACGGUCACCAAGCCACAGCCAGUGCCACUUCCCACUAAACCCGCGCCGAUGUCGGUGACUGUACGACCGGCUCAGGCUUCAGCGCCAGCAUCUCCACCAUCGACGAGCCAGACCCCAACUGCGGCCGGUCUGGCACCGACUCGUUCUCAGAUCCUCGCAGCCGCACAGCCACAGGCCGGUGAUCUGCAGAGGAAUGAGUCUCUGCGAGCUGAGGCCGCGCCUGCGACGAAGGUUUACACGAACCAGGCGCAGGCGCCGACGCCGAGCAACGGGAACGGCGCUGUACCCCAAUCUCAACAGCAGAACACACCCGCACCCGCCCGCAACGGCAACAACAUCGGCCCCCGCGGCAAAAAGCGCCCCGGCGCCAUCGACUACAUCGAGGCCGAGGACCACCGCGCGCCCCCGCCCCGCCCCUUCGCGCGCGCGAACAGCUUCGCGGGCGGCGUCGGCACGGCGAAGCGCUUCAUCAUCGACAUCAGCGACGCGGAGGACGAUCAUGAGCACUUUGAGUCGCCGAGUCCGGAGGGUGCGGCGAUCGCGCUACCGUUGACGAUGACGGGGGGCCCGAUCACGGGGAUGCCGAUGGUGCAGCCGCCGAAGACGGGCGCGCCGCAGUCUGCGAGGGGCGCGCCGCUGCCGACGAGGGGGCAGGGGACGCCGACGAAUGGGAUGGGGGCGGGGUCGCCCGUGGUGGCCUCGUCCUCGUCGUCGAAUAUGAUGGCGUCGUCCUCGUCCGCGUCGUUGCAGGAGCAGAUCAGACGUAUGAAGGAGGCGAUCGCGGCGAAGGAGAUGAAGGUGAGCGGGAUGAGUGCAGGUGGGUGAUCUGCGUGCUUAUGCGGGGUGCAGAUGCAGGCAGCGCGCGCGGCGCAGGGCUCGGGGACGCCGAGUGGAGGUACGCCGGCUCCGGCGUCAGCGACGAC